ACUCAGGGGGUUAGAAGCUAGACAAUUCACUUUCAAGUUUGGAACUCCACAACUAGAAAGUAGAAACAUUUAACUCUCAUUACCUCAAAUAACCGGUUUUUACCUCCCUCACACCAUUGUAGCAACCAGAUCUGUCACUGGAAACUGCCGUGUUCAUCCACUUCUCCACCAACGCAGGAAAAAAAACUAUUACAAAGAGACAUUAACGGAACUUGAAUCCAGAAUCUCCUAUCUAAGUUACCAGGAUGAUAUUCAGAAGCACAGUGUGUGGAAUGGAUAACGAGAAGUUAUCAAAUGAAUUGGACAAAGCAUCUAAGGAAGAUUCUGAAACGAAGGGUAAGCCAAAAUAUGAUAAGUUCAAUGCAGGAGCUGAAAUCACCAAAGACUUCAAAUUCAGUAUUGGAAUGGAGUUUACUUCUCGACACCAGUUUAAGGACGUUGUUCGAGAGCACGAUGUAUUAAAUGGCAGAAAAAUAAAAUUUGCCAAGAUUGAGAAAAGGAGGGUUAAAGCUGUUUGUAAGUUCAACCAAAAAUGUGGAUACAAAGUUAAUGUGAGAAUAGUGAGAAGCAAGGAAACAUUUAGGGUGACGUCACUAUGCCCGAUGCAUACUUGUGGAAUGGUGUUAAAUUUCAAGAGUUCCAGGUCUAAGUGGGUUGCGAAAGUCUUGGUUAAACACAAUAUCAAACAAGAACCUAAAAAGAGGGUAAACACUCUAAGCAAUGUUAAACCAAAUGAAGCAGCAAAGAGAAAAACAAAAAGAAGACGCGAUGCAUGUUAUAAGAAGACAGAAGAAUUAGAGCAACAACAACCAGAAGUGCUUGUUGAUGGAGAGCCUCUCAACCAUAAUCAAGAAGUAUCUGCCGAUGACGAUAUGUUGGCGAAAAACACAUUUGUGGAGCCAAUUUCUGCUAUGUACCAUGUACCAAGUGCUGCUGACCCUAACCCGCCUGUACCAUCUUAUGAAAAGAAAAGAAAGAAAAAGGUUACAAGAAAAUUGGAUUUAUAGAAGGUAAGGAGGACUAGUAAUAGAUUGAGAACCUUGGCCUUCAAAAAAGUAUAUAAUGGUCCUGGAAGAGAUGCAACCUGCCCAAUUGUGAUUAACGAUGAUGAUUAUGAUGAUGACGACGACGACAAUGAGUUAAAUGAUCCGAAAGUUGGAAGUUGCAUGCAUGCCUUAAGAAGUUGGGAUGGAAUUUCCAAAAGCUUGAAAAAAUUCCAUUCCUCUUGCUUUGAUUAGGACUUUUAUGAUACGAAUAACGUGUAUAACUUUUUUAUUACUCUAACUUUUUAUUGUAUUUGUUAUUUUAGGAGAGGCCUAAGGGAAAGACUUUAAGUAAUAUCAAAUCAAAUGAACCACAAAGAAGAAAAUAAAAAGACUCCAAACUCUUGUCCUUUUGAUUUCUUAGAAGAAUUAUAGGCAUUGAGUCUUUUUGUUUUUUUCUUUGUUGGUUCAUUUGGGUUGUCAGACACCAAAGUAAGGAAAAAGGAACAACAUCGUAUUCUUCACAAAACUCAAUGACCAAUAUUCAUCAUCUCUUAAACACUA